AUGGUGCCCUGUAGGAGUAGCCAAGCCCUACUGCUUCGCCCCUUCAGCAGCUGCUGGCGUCGCCCUGCAUGCACUCUGUUGCCGUUCUUGCUAUCCCCACGGAUCCUGCAGACGGCCGCAUGUACACCACUGACACUGCACACACGUUGCUUUUCUGCGCCAAAGGGUGGUGAGAGCGGCAAGGACGCUGACGCGUCCGAGGAGUACGUCUUUGACCCCACCCUUAGUGUGCAGAAGGAUGCAGCACUCAGCAUGGCGAAGAAAAGCCUAGAUGCCAUUAUUCGUGAUCUUCUUCCUGCGAAUGCCCCAGACUCGGCGACGCAGAGGGUGAAGACGUACCUGCAGCAGCAUCCCAUUGAUACUCUCAUUACACAGCCGAAGGUGCAUAUCACCCACGUGGAGGACCCUGAGUCUGGCACGGAGGCGAAACUGUCUUUAAGCCCCUGUGACUUGUCAGAGGCGCUGGAGCAGGCCCAAGGGCGUGGAAUGAAUCUUGUGCAAAUGGGAACUCGCGGGGAUAUGGCGUACUGUCGUAUUCGCCGUGAGAUUCCCCGCAUUUUAGGUCUUGUGAGUGCCGAACUCGAGGCCCUGCUUGAGCAGGAGAAGCAGGAGGGAUCCAGCCAUCGUGUGGAGCAUGAUGAGGCAGGAGGCAAAUUGCGUGAGCAGGUGGACCACCAGUUUCGUGACGUGGUUGAUGCACACUUUGUGGGGUGGAAAAGCAGAAAGAUUGUGGAAGAUAUUAAGAGGCGUCACCCUGUCAAAGUCACCAUCAAGGAGUUUCAGUCUCCUGAUGCCGCGAUCAGUAAAAUACGUGAGAUGUGUCAGGCGAUGCAGCGGUAUGCCGAGGAGAAAGGGAUCUAUCACCACUUCACGAGCAUUGUCGCAAACGACAGGGAAGUGAGUGUCUCCUUUGCGCCCUCCCUCCCGUCGGCGAAGAGUAGCGCGUGGAAGCACAUUAAAUACCCCAAGGAGAAGGAGUGGGCGCAUGCCAAUAAACGCAUGGAGGAGGCCUGUCGCAAGAGUGGCCGCCACGGCACAUACAUGAAAAACAACCAGCUGAAGCCACGAUCACUGGGACAGACCUUGUUCCGUGUAGACAAGUACGGUAGGAAGAUUGAAUAA